CAGUAGUUGGCCGCCUCAGCUGUUUUCUCUCGCCGCUCGCGUCCUCCGCACCCCUGCCGCUUUUACGUCUAAUCUAAUCCCGCUGGUACCGACUUCUGUACGUGGGGCGCUGUGUCCUGUGAGAUGGGCAAGGCGUACGACAUCGUCCGGUAUCACGUGGCUCCACCGCUGCUAAUCGUCGGCUUCACAUGUGGCGUUCAAUUGCUUGUUCUGGUUGGCGCCGGUCAGCCCGCCACACUGUCCGUCGCGCUCUCGCGCUGCUGGGGCAACAAGUUUUCGUGGACGGCCGUAAUCCUCUUGCUGAAGUGGGCCGCUCUCUCCCUCCACGCGCCAGGCCCUUUGAGAUACGGGCCGCCCUCGAGCGACAAAUCCAGGCCACUCUACACGCUCAACGGCGUAGCGUACCACGUGAUAACCUUGCUGGCGUUCUCGUGCCUGCUGGCCUUACGGCCGGACCUCGCCGACGCAAUUCAUCAGGCACAUCCGGAGCUGGUGGGGACGCUGAACCUGGUGGCUCUGGCUCUGUGCCUGUGGCUUCUGAUCGACGGCAAACGUCGCGCCCAGUCCGACGACCCCCCGCGGCCAAUAAUAUACGAGUUCUUUCGCGGCAUGCAGCUUCAUCCCAGAAUUCUGGGCGUGGACGUCAAGCAGUGGACCAACAGCCGCGUCGGCUUAAUGGCGUGGCAGCUCCUCGUAAUCGCAUUCUUUAUAGCGGGCGUGCGCCGCAAUGGCUUCAGCGCAGCCGCCUUCGUCACGAUGAUUCUGCAAACGAUAUACUUGGCGAAAUUCUACUACUGGGAGUGGGGAUACUUCCAGACUCUCGACAUAACGCUGGACCGAGCCGGGUACUACAUAUGCUGGGGGUGCCUGGUCCUAGUUCCAUCGCUGUACACGUUCACCAGCAACUACCUGGUAAUGCAUCCGCCAGUGGCAACCGCUCCUCUGGCAGCGGCCGCCCUCGUAUUGGGACUCGCAUCCGUACUUCUCAACUACCGCGUCGACUACGAGAAAUUAUGCUUUCGUACCGCCAAGGACGGCAGAUGUCAUCUGUGGGGUCGUCCGGCGCAGUUUCUGGAAGCAGAGUACAAGGACAAGCAGGGCCGAGUACAUCGAACGCGGCUUCUGGUGUCAGGGAGCUGGGGGGUGGCUCGCCACCUCAACUACACGUUCGAGAUCCUGAGCGCCCUAGCGUGGUCGCUGCCGGCGAUGGGCCUGGGAAUUCUGCCGUUCCUGUACGUGAUCUUCCUGACCCUACUCCUGGUCCAUCGGGUCUACAGGGACGAGGAGAAGUGUCAGCAGAAAUACGGGAGCAGCUGGCAAGCCUACUGUCGUCUGGUGCCCUACCGCCUGUUGCCGUGGAUUUUCUGAGCUUCGCCGCUGCGGCCACCGCCGCCAGCGUCAUGCACCAGCUGGAGGCCACAUUAGAGGAGGUCGAGCUGGAGGAGGAGGACGAAGAUGAUGACUAAGCUGCCCAAUCUGUGUCCGGUAAUCAAAUGAUGUCCGCCACCAAAAAUGGAAAACUGCUUUAGAAAAAUUAUGCACAUUAAGUGACUAAUUUUCUCGCCCACAGCAAGCUACAAAAAACGCCCCCAGAAAAAUGAAAAACUGCUCUAGAAAAAUUACAUACGAAAAGUGUCUAGGUCCCUAUGUUGCAGCAAGCUACAGGAAGAAGGUUAACGGUAGAAAGAGCCGAACAUAGCUCGCGAUCGUGCUUCCGUUUAUUGGUGCCCUGUGACGGAAAAACAGACUUUACCAAAAAGCGGAAAUAAGGCACAUAAAUGAAAAUCUGAAUAUUUUACUGUAUUUUGAAAAAAAAGAAGAUUUGGUAUUUCGACAUAAAUAUCGUAUUUUCAGGAACAAGAUCAGCUACCAUUGCAUUUUAUACUACCACUUGUGUAUAAAAUUUACGUGGAUAGUCAAUAACGCAGUGUGAAAUGUACAAAGCGGACCAUAAAUUUGAGACUUACUAUUAACUACACACUUAGGAACUACAUUACAUAUAGCAUCUAAUGAUAGGCAUCUGUCGUCUGCCUCACUGCACUUUAAUAACGAGAUAUCCCGUUUUGUACGAACUGAAUUUGUGACGAAUAAAGCGGCCCAGAAAACCGCAUGUGUGUUAUUGUUUUUCUUUAUACUAACGUAACAAAAAUUGAAAGUUAAUGUGUUAUAAUAAGAUGUGGUAACAGAAAAAAUCGAUUUCUACUAGGAUCUCUCAGUUAUAAAGAGUGAGACAUAAAUAUGACUAAAAGUUGCAUUUAAUAUAUUUGAUAACAGCUACGAAUCGAAGAGAACUGAAAAGGCAUUUCUCAGACUAAAAACCUAUUCAGUACUUUAGUUCCUCGAUUGUUUCAAGCUAACAGCCGUCCGCGUAACAGCUUAAAGUAAAAAAAAAAAAAAAAAAAAAAAGAAAAGGAAAAUAGG